CCGACCCGACCCGGCCGUACCAGACCCACCGCAGCAUGGAGGCCGCGUUUGCACAUCUGAACGCCAGUGAAACACACGACUGGGUCAAGGUUGGGAGCGCGCUGCCGUGGAUGCACGUCGUCACCGCGCUGUUCAGCGCUCUGGCCUCCGCUUCCGCCGUCACCCGUGCGACGUCGCAGCGCGCGGGCGGCUCCACGUCCGAGGUGCCGGCGCUCUCCCUGCUGGCCGCGUCCGACCUGCUGCUGGCCCUCUGCGGCCUGCUGGGGGCGGCGAUGCUCGUGGGCCACGCCGGUGCCGUCGCCUGGUACCGGCUGCACGCUGCGCGGCAGGUGGUGUGCGUCGCGUCCUUCUUCUUGACGCUCAACUACGCGUGGAACGUCUACGCUCGGCUUCGGCACAACUUCCUGUGCUUCCCUCACCAGCUUCCUGCGCAGGUAACAAGUGACGCCAGUGGCGUACACACACGGGAAGAAACUACGUGCGAUUUUCUUCUGCAGAUUUCCAAACGCGCCGUCCCGAGCGGCACGACGACGGCGUUGCUCUCUUGCGUGGCUCCGCCUCUCCUGACGGCGCCCGCCUUCAUCGGAGGAAGCGUCGGCGGCUGCAUCGCCGACUGCGGCGCCGCCUACGGAUGUCUGCUGACGCCCGUCGGGACGCUUCCCGUCGCCGCCUGCCGCCCGUUACGCGUCUACGUCGGCGCCGUCUUCCUCGCCGCCUUCGUCUUCACGCUCGUCGGCGUGUUGGUGCUGAUGGGAAAGUGCCGUCAGAUUUCCCGCCGGCUGUUGACGGCGCACGGUUACCUUGGCGACGAGCAGCGGGCGCCGGACCUGCGGAUGCUGGCGCACGUCCUCGUCUUUGCCGUCUGCUGGGCGCCAACGGCGUCCCUGGCGGCCGCGACGUCGUCGACGGCCGGCGCCUCCGCGGUCGUCCUGUCCGCGGCGCAGGUGGGUCGCCUCGGCGCCGCUUUUGCCGUGAGGUCAAAGGUCACCUUUUACGAACGUGCCCACGACAGGCCGUCGCGUCGGCGUCGCCGGGCGUCCUCCGCUCGGCCGCGCUGGCGUGCGCGCGCAACCCGCCGGGGCGGCGCGACGCCGACACGCAGACGCCGCUGCUGCGAGCGCAGAAGACGAGCGCGAGGAGCUACCGAACUUGAGGACGCCCGCCGGCGGGAAAAAGAGGACGAAAGACUUCUCAAACUUGUUCCUUUGUUUGCAAGCUCGUCAUUCCGAACGAGACGUUCAUUCCGACGACUUCCUCGAGACUGCGAGGGACCGACGGGGGUGUGUAGACUUUCUCUUGCAGAAAAGUCCAACCUCAUUUAAAACAAUCUCAUCAGAUUCUUUGUAGCAAUUGUGUGGCGGGCCGCAGACGGCCCCCGGUUCGUACCUUGGACACCCCAGUGUGGCGCUUUCGCUGGAUGAAUAAAAUGAAAUAAUUAUGUCAAGUUA